AUGUUGAUCUUCCAAGUGUUGGAACUUAUUUACGAAGCCAGCAGGCGCAUUAAACGUCACUUCUAUCCCAUCGAAUACAAAGCCGUGAUUUUUGAUUUGGACCAGGUCUUUUUGAGGGUGGAUGAAAAGGAUGAUCUGGUCGAUCUCAUGAAAUUAGGUGGGUUUAUAUGUCACGCUGGACUUGCUCCUCUCGAAUCGAAGGGAACCAUAUUUUCUGAGAGGAUUCUGGGAGGUUUUUGAGGCCGCAUUCUUUUGUCACAGCAAUAAUGCUUUGUUUUUAGCCCUUAUUUGCCUAUACAAGAAAGGAAGUUCUAAAAAUAAACGAAAAGCGAAGCAUGCAAGUGUGACGCUUGUAUUUCACAAAACUUGGUUAAAAUAUAAAUAGAACAGGAUUUUCCAUUAGAAAGGUGCCUUAUAUGUAUGGCUAAGGUCUCCACUUAUAUAUUUACGAGACUUUGAGAUUUUUAUGUCUGAUUUCUCACCUGCGCUAAAGCAUCGAUUAAAAUUUAGAUUAGUCAAAUGUAUUCGGCCUAUGUAGGUUCGAGUUUGAAGAGAGACAGGAGUCUACAACAUUUUGUUGACUCUCAAUUUUCUUGAGAAUAUUUUAGAGUUUUCUUUUAGAGUUUUUGAUUUCUACGUAAGCAAUUAUCGUCGGGUUUUCAAUUUAAUUUAAAAUAAAGAUUCCCUGCCAUUGAUUACUAUUGCAUGAAAACGCUUUUCGAACGUCAUCGUUAUUUCGGCCCGUUCGGCCUUAGGGCUUCAAUUGGCUGUUUUGUUUAUGGUGAAUUUAAUUGCAGCUGCACAGAAAAGGAUCUCGGCUGAGACGCGGCUCUCGACAGUCCUUUGUUUUCGUAGUAUUUUUAGGAUUUGGCGGAAUUUUUAGACCAAACUUCGAGAGUUUUGAAAAGGAAAACGAUGAGAAUUUUAGUUGAAUUGAUGGAUUACUUUUUGCAACUUUUUUGAAAUUACUGCCUUUCAUAGGGAUUAUAAAAUUGCUUGCGAGAAGAAUAGUUGAAUUGAGACGGUCAAUUUUUGAUAAAAUUUAUACCAAGGUUUCCAUUAAUUUUUCCAAAUUUUAAGGUGAAUAAACCUUGUCUUCGUGAGUACUUUCCGUGCCAUUUUUUAUUUUUUUUUAUUUUUCAGUAUCUCGAGAUCAGUAUUUGUCCCGGAUAUACCUCGAUUAUGAGUUGGGCAAGAUGUCAUUUUCCGCCUUCUUCGACUGCCUCAAAGUUUAUUUUCCCGGCAAAACGAAGCAUCUGAGCUGGCAAGAAGUGCGUCAGAAAACGUUGGGACAAAAGGUAAGGGAAAGGUCAAGAGGUGUAAGGCACAGAAGUUGACUAAUCAAGAGUCUGAAUGUCAUGAAUAAGCGACGGCUCUUGUAACAAACUUGAUUUUUGGCAAUUCUUUUUCUAUUUUUUGGCGAAAAUGAUACGGAAACUUGAGCCCCUAUAGGCAACUAUAAGAUUAUGGCUCUUUAAAAUUUGUUGUAGAGAGGUUCAAUAUAAUAAACAAACAACAAAUUUUCCAAUUUUUAUUGGCAUUUUUCCAGGAUCCAAAGAUAGCAAAUUUGAUAGAGAAGUUACGCGAACACAACCUCAAAAUCGGAUUACUCACGAAUAUUGGGUUCGGAACCGAUGCCAAGGAUGUAACGGACACGCCAACUGAAGUGAACGAUGUCUUCGAUGUGGUCGUUGAGAGCUGUCGAGAAGGUGUUCGAAAGCCGAAUCAUCGAACUUACGAGGUAAAAUACGUUUAAACAACAACUAACAAGGGAAGUACCCCAAGGGCGACGCUCAGAUUUUGAUGAAACUUGGCACAAAUUUAGAAUAAUUUUUUAAAAAAUAUAUGCGAAAAUCUUAGCUCGCGCUUUGCAGAAACAGCCGAGAUUUUUAGAUCGAAAGCCGGCUAAAAUUUAAGACUUUUUGCCGAAUUCCGGCACGAAAAGUUUCAUGCCUAUCUCUACCGUAAAGGGUAACGGCUAUACAAAAAACCAAUUUUUUCCGCACGAAACUAGCAAAGUUAUGGUUAAAAAGCGUUUUCCUCUCUGACCGCUCUCUCGGCGGCAAAGGUGCUUCAAUAUCUCGGUGGCGCUUGCAAAGCGCGAGCUAAAACUUUUAGGAUGAUAUUUAGUCCAUACCCGACGUGUGUGCAAAAUUUAAAGAAAAUCUGAGCGUCGCACUUGGGGUACUUCCCUUGUGAGAAUACAAGGGCAAGAAGAGUUUAUAAUUGCAAGAUAUGUAUCUAUUAAUUAUAUCUUUAAAAGUUUUCUGAAAUUGGUCUCUAGAGGCUGGAGGUUAUGUGGUUUUGGGGUAUGAUAAGAUACAUUCUAAACGUUACUAUGGAAGUGGCGAUUUCGAUGGGAAUGGCCACAAAUUCAAAACGUUUUGUACCAGACCUCGCCAAUUACGAAAAAUACAGUGAGAAAAAAUAUUCUUGUUUCCUUGUUGACUGGAAAGGUUGAGGAAAACAAAGUGCUGAUGGUUUAUGGCCAGGGCUCUGACCACCCUCGGGGAGAACUUUGUAUUCUCCAAUUGUCAGCGUUCUGUUUUCUACAACGCAGUAUAUGUAUAUAGUUGCCGACCUUUUGACUAACGGAGAUACGAAAAAAUUGUUUCUACCGGCUCUUCGUUUUUUGUGGUCGCAAGGAUUGUCGAAUUUCCUGGAUUAUCUUGCAAAGCGCAUGCUAAAUUCGCUAAAUUCUUCAGAGAUUUAUAUGGCAUAUAGUAAAUAAGCUAGACUCUUAAAAAAUAAGUCAACGUUCAUGUCAAACUUCUGUUUUCUAUAGUAGCUUCAAUGAAUUAUUGUACUUCCAGAUCACAGCGUUUCGUCUCGGCGUUUUUCCUCACGAAUGUAUCUACAUCGACGAUUUGAUGAGGAAUUGCAGAGGGGCCGAGCUUGUUGGAAUGAAGUCCUUCCAUCUAGGCAAUGGGAAUGUCCUCAGGCUCCUCGACGAUCUCCAAACAUUCCUCGGAGUACCUUUAUUAUAA